UAUCGUCAAUUGGAGGAAGUACAAGGCGCUGAAUUAAAUGUUUGCGCUCAGAGUACGUCAAGUUGUCAUACGAGCUUUGAAAAUGGUACUGAGCGCUCGAUGGAACUUUCUUCUGUUGUCGUUAUACCAGAUGAAAAGGGUUGACUUAACUUUAAUGUAUAACGAUGAUGGAAACCUAUACUGUAAAUACUUAAUAUCGCAUGAGAUCACUUAACACUGGGGAAUUUGGUUCACUAAUAGCUACUUUAAGUUGUAUUGAUAACAGGAUAUUACAAAAUGUCUCUAACAACAGUAUAUGUUAGAAAUGCAUGCACACAAGAAAAUAGAUACAUUCACUGUAGUACAAGCUAUCAAUGCCUUAGGCUUUGGAAAAUUUCAAGUUAAACUGUCUUUAUUCACGGGUCUUUGUUGGAUGGUAGAUAGUAUGGAGAUUACAAUACUGAGUAUUCUAAGUCCAUCCUUACAUUGUGACUGGGGUAUUUCUAGAUAUCAGCAAGCAUUGACCACAACAGUAGUCUUCCUUGGCAUGAUGUUAAGCUCUACAUUUUGGAAUAAUUUGAGUGACAGAUAUGGUCGUAAACAAGCUCUAACUUUAUGUGCAGUACUAUUAUCUUACUAUGCAUUUCUAAGUUCAUUUGCACCAAACUUUCUCUGGAUUCUAUUGCUUAGAGGAGUUGUAGGAUUUGCUAUUGGUUGUGUACCUCAAUCAGUGACAUUAUAUGCAGAGUUUUUACCAGCAAAGCAACGAGCGAGAUGCGUUAUUCUAUUAGAUUGUUUCUGGGCUCUCGGGGCUUGUUUUGAAGUGGCAAUUGCAUUGAUUGUUAUGCCCAAUCUUGGAUGGAGAUGGCUUCUUAUAUUAUCAUCCAUUCCAUUAUUUAUAUUUGCUGUAAUAUCACCGUGGCUACCAGAAUCUACAAUAUUCGAUAUGACAACUGGAAAAACAGAUCGUGCAGUUUCGACACUGGAACGCGUAGCUAGAGAAAAUAAAAAAUCACUGCCUGUAGGAAGAUUAGUUAUGGACCGAUUUUAUCAAGCUAAUCAUGGUCGAUUAAAGGAUGUUUUAAGCAAAGAAAUGUGCAAAACAUCCGCUUUACUUUGGCUUGUAUGGAUGAUUACAGCAUUUUGUUAUUAUGGAGUGGUGUUAAUGACUACUGAACUUUUCCGUACAUCCUCAGAGCAAUGUGGUACAUGGGAUCAAAAUGAGAAUAUGUGCCAACUUGAUUGUCGAUUGCAGCGUGGCGAUUAUAUUGAUCUGCUUUGGACAACAUUGGCAGAGUUUCCUGGCAUAUUUUCUACUGUCUUUGCAAUCGAGAGAAUAGGCAGACGAAAGACAAUGGCCUGUCAAUUAGUGAUGUUUGCUAUGGUCAUUUGUUUUUUGAGUAGAACCUGCUUGUUAAGUAGAGCGGCGUUGACUAUUGCCAUAUUUUUAGCCAGAGGUUUAAUCGCCGGUGUAUUUCAAGCCGCAUAUGUAUACACACCGGAAGUGUAUCCCACGCAUUUACGAAGCAUAGGUGUAAGUGCAUGCAGCGCUAUGGCACGAAUCGGUGCUAUGGUCACUCCUUAUAUAGCACAAGUAUUUCUACAAUGGUCCAUCACAGGAGCUAUGGCCAUUUAUGCGGCAACCGCAUUGUGCGCUGCUAUUGCUACACUUGCGCUUCCCGUAGAAACAAAAAAUCAACAAUCAAAUGAAGCAUGUCAAGAAAAUAAAUAGACAAUUUUUAUAACGUGCUUUAGUAAAUUGACCGAAAUUUGUUUUAUUGCACAUGUUAUUUAGGACACUUACUACUUUUUACACAUUUUACAAUAUAUAACAAUCACAUUAUAUACAAUUUUUGAUUAAGAACUCACAUAUACAUACAUGUAUUUUAGUUGUAUUCGAAUGUUUGAUUGAAUAUGCAAACACAAUUAUUAAUAUAUUCACAUCUAUUAUU